GUCUAAGGUCAAGUCAGGGUAAUAGCACGGCAGGUUGAGCAUCAAUGAUAGCUACUCAAUCCUUAAGGUAUACGAUUCUCCCAUACCAUCCAUCAAGCGGCAACCGCGGUAACUUCUCUUUCCCUGAAACACCAGGCCGCGGAUUCCAUCCUAAGUUGUUACAACUGGCCCUAUGGACGGUGGACUCUUGCAAAGUUCAACCCUCGUCUAGCUCCAACUUUCCCAGAAGCUUCUCUUCGAAUUCCAAGGUCUCUGUCAUCUCCUCGGAUAGACGGGUGAUUCACCAUGGCAGCGCAGUCCUAUCAGUACAGCCCGGUUGGAUUUGCUGAGAACUUGAAGUCCGAGUCGUAUGAGAGGAUGGGUGCGUCCGAUUCCGGUCAUAACACAAGUUCAAUGGAGUACCUACACAGGCACUCGUUCGACCAUCGAAGCCAUCAGUGGCGUCUUUUCUGCAAACACAUUCUCUGGCGAUUCGCGUGCGCCGUCCUCUUCAGUUCUCUUCUCUUGGUCCUUCUCCAUGCCUUCGCUGAGAAAGGUAAUCUGAGCGACUGGGACAGGCGUUGGUUCAAUACCUUUGCCAUUCUGUUUUCGUCCCUUGUUAGUUUAUCCAUGGGCUCUCUCCUCGGUUUGCUAGGCUCCAUGUUCCGCUGGAGGCUUCUAGCCAGGAAGUCCCACUCGCCUCGAGAUGUCGAUCUGUUGCUGGGCAUACACAAUCCUGUAGGCUCCUUCAGACUGGUUCUGCACCACAUCAAGCGGCGGCGAUGGACCAUGACAACAACUAUGGUGGCACUAUACCUCGUGUUGAACGUCGCCGGUCGCUUGAGUGUGGCAUUCUUCGGGUUGACGUUUGAUUUGAAUGAGGCUCUCGAAAUUGAAUACCCGAUCAAGAUCACCAACUGGAGUGGCCCUGACUGGUUCAGCGUGCGAAAGGACCAGCUCGUCGGCACUUUUGGCGACUAUGACUUUUUUGAUCCUAAUUUCCGACGGUUCGACGAGUACGGUCUCAUCGGCCUGGUGACCGUUGAUACGCAGUAUAACAUCACGGACCCUGCAUCCUACAACAGGGCCAACAUGAGUGGACAGGGCUUGGACCGGAAGGUUGAGGGUGACAAAGUCACCUACUCUUACGCUCUGAAGGAGUAUCGCGGCUUAGAUGAGUACCCAUCGGCAGACACCGUAAUUCAAAGCACGUCCAGCUGUAUCGGCAGGGCCCUUUACGGGAGCGAUAUUUACGAAAGGGGAAAGAAAGUGGGCAGCUUGUUGGACCGCACAGUCAACAGCCCAAACUUUGUGAACAUUCUGGACGGCAUCUACACGUAUUGGGGCGAGACCGGGGACUACAACUGGGCAGCGCGACUAGACUACGACCACUUUGACAACCCCUCGGCCUGCGCGACGACAUAUCUCUAUACUGAGCAAGGCUUCAAAGACAGCAAGGAUCGUAACGCCACCUACUACGAGUGCACGACCUGUCUCAGUACACCGAACCACGGUCCGGGGCUUGGGAGCGCUCUACAUGCCCUUCCUACCCAGAACGCGUCCUACGCCGCCGGCCUUCUGCUUCGCUACCCGGUCUUUGAACGCGUCUACGCCUUCUAUUCAAUCGAUGAAGCAUCGCGGGACGGCCUUGGCAUCCGGCAGUACUCGGGCAUGGACAAGACCAUGCACUUCAUGAACAGACUGGGCCGCAUCCUACCGCCAGACAAUGGGUCGCCGCGGCUGACCGUGCCGCACGAGACCGAAUUGUACGCAGCACACCUCGCCGCGCGAGCCCCGGUACUGUCGCUCAUCGGCGCCGAGCGCGAGCUGCGCAAAGAUCCGCUCGAACCCGGUGCGUCGGAGCGGCCCCUGGUGCGCACGGCGCUCGAAGUCAAGUGGCAGCGAGCGAUCACGGUGCUCGCAACCAUCGUGGGGGGCCAGGUGUUGGCCGUGGGUGUCGUAGUGUGGGCAUGCUGGGGCCUGUUCGUCCCGGACCAUGAAAGCUUCCUCUGCCUGGCGCGGCUGCUGAAGACCGCCAUGGCCAAUGUCGAGGGCAGGACCACGGAUGACGGCAAGGAGCUCGCCAAAUACUUGGCCCGGCCGCACGACGGGCAGGCAGUGAAAACGAUGCUGCGAUACGGGAGCAGGUAUCGCAAAGACGGCAUGCUCGAGCUGGAUAUCUGGGAUGAUGUGGAUAACUGUUUUCCUGAGGGGUCCUAUCGUUAAUAACCGACCUUCGAUCGGUCCAUGCUGCCUUUCCAUCAGAGUUGUCAAGAGAGAGCGGACUGUUUCAACAAUUAAUGUAUGCCUCGUCCCUGAUACUACACUAGAUGGCUGGCUACAUUGCUGUUAUGUUGCCAGGGGAUGUGGACUUGCUUUAGCACUAACACUAACAAACUGUUGUUUGCAACACCGCUGAAAGAGCCUCUCUGGUAGUAAAACGACAUAUUGCCUGUUUAGCUCCUUUGCAAACUGUUAAAUGGCCUCCAAAAAGCUAAAA